AUGGCGGUUCGACCUGGUGAGGAGAAUGUUGCAACUCUCUUCGGAGAUGUUCACUAUUUCUACGGGCCUCCAGAGGCGAACCCGCCUCACCACCGCUUUGACAAAGGCUCUUAUGUGUACUUGUUCGAGAAUGCGAAUGACCGAAGAGCGCGGAUUGAGAUCGCGAAUCACCCAGGCACAGAAGAUCAAGAUGCCUUUGACGGAUAUCUAGAUAGAACGAGGAUUCAGUAUUCGUAUAAGCAACAAUGUCUCGUGAACAUUUUAGUCGAGGGCGUAGCCGGUCCGCCAAUAGACCAGAGUCAAUGGCAUCUUCCAACGUACGAUCCGCGCAAUGAGAAUAAAUAUCACUACAAACUACAUUCUCUCGACAUUUACUUCUGGACCCAUGGAGACGCCCUACAGUUUGUCAACGGCAUAAGGAGGGUUCUGCCAGCAUCUCAAGUAGAUGUCGCUGACGAGCCUGCUCCACCACCGCACCCGUAUGGCCAGUCUCAAGAAACGAAUGCUCUAGUCCAGAAGCUAGAGAAUGUUGCCAUCUCAGAUCCCAAGUAUUCAAGUCCCAAACCAGCACCGCAAGGGAUACCUACCUUCGCACCUCCUCCAACCUCGGCAGCAACAGACGAUAGUAAGAGUACCUCACCUCAAAACUUUGUUCCCAUAGCAUAUAAUCCCGCUGCCCCGGCGGCUGCGGAACAGAGGAUACACCGGGAAAAGACUCCUCCGCCUGAGGACGACGGUCAGGAUCCUCUCGCCGCGGCUGUGGCUCGUGACCACGUUCCACCAUAUACUCCUGGGUAUGGCGCAACAAACUUCUCAGCUCCCCCAGGUGGUCCCGGUAUUCCUGGGCCUCCUCAAGUGCAUCCCGGCUUAAUAAGUCCUGGUUUAGUAAGCCCGGGCUUACCAACACCCGGAGUUACGAGUCCAGGCUUCCCGCCGAGUCAAUUCGGACAUCUGCAACGUUCAGCUACAGUUCCGGUCUCUGGCUUGGCAUCGCCCGGUCUCGUGAGUCCAUAUGGUGCUAAUUUUCCCGGGUCGCCCGGGUUCGCACCUCCGCCACCACCUCAGAACAUGCAGCACCACCCCACUCCGCCGCCUGUGCAAAGCCCUGGCCUGCCGCCAGCACCGCCAGGUGGAUAUUCCAAUUACGGCUACAGCAGUACGCAGCAAGCACCUGGGGGUGUCGACUAUAGUAUCCACCAGCAGCUAUACCGGCCAACGGAGCAAGAGCACUCCGCUAAGUACGGUGUGUACAAACCCAAAGUCGAAGGUCAGAGCCGGCUAGGCCAGAAUGCGGAGCGGCUAGAGAAAGGCGUUACGGGGAUGCUGAAGAAAUUUGAGAAGAGAUUUGGCUGA